AUGGCCCCGAGCAUCGACUUGAUGAUCAAUGACGUGAAACGCUGGCGGAAGAUCCUUUUGGACUUGGAGGAUGACUUUGCACACCUGCGGACUCGCUGCGGAGGCUUGGAACUUUGUGAGCACGUGGAGAUGGCCAUUGCCUCCUUGCUCCGCUACUGCCCCCGAUUUCGCACACAGGUCGACUGGCAUGUGGGCUUCGAGAUGUGGUACCAGCCCUUCGCCAUGCUGGUGAAUUGGUAUUUGAGCUCUGCCGGCUUCGAGGAAUCGCAACAAGAAGUCUUGCAGCUCGUGGACAAUGCCAUUCACGGCUUUCGGAGCUACCAGUGCCCCCCCGACACGGCCCGGCAAGUGGCGAAGCAGGUCGCCUCCAUGACCAAGGAGUCCUUUCAAGAGGUGGAUUCCACCGCGGAUUGGCUGAAGGCACGUGAGUGCCUCGAGAACUUGACCACGCCGGCGGACACCGAGCUGCCACGCUGUGAGGACCUCCAUUUGUCCUUCAUUGACUCGGUGGAUCUGCAACGGGGUGGACCUGGCCGCGUGCAGUGCAUGCGCUAUGCCCUGGCACAGUGCAGGGCAGAUGCCUUGGCGCAGAAAGACUUGGACUUGGGUCUUCUGAAGAGCUGGCAGCACUACAUCCUUGGCAGGCACUUCCGAGAACACUUCCGGGAGCACGAUGCCUAUGCGAAGCAGGGCAGGGAGCGAUAUCCCAUACGUGCGAACUCGGAGCAGGACUUCAUCUCGGUGCUGUGCCAGGCUGACACCACGGAGCCCGCGGCACUGCGAGCGGUGCGGGCCUACUUGGACGUGUGCUUCUUCCAUCCCUUCGACGAUGGGAACAGCCGCUUGGCGCGCUUGGUCUUUGACUUUGUGUUGACCAAAGCAGGCUUCCUGGUGCAGCAGCCGGAUAUGGUCUUCCUCUUUUCGAAGUCAGCGAAGGAUGGUGAAGGUGCUGCCAGGUUGGUGGAGCUCGUGCUCCAGCUGAUGGCCAAGCCCAAAGAGGACUGGAACCUUCCCUUGCAGAAGUGGGUCGAGGAGCAUCCUCAUCCGAAAAAAAUCGUUCAAAAUGAAUACAGAUGGUUUGGAUGCACGGUCUAUCCAGAAGAUGUGCCGCCGUAA